CUCCAGGCAAGGCCCUCUUGCCUUUCGGCUCGGUCCCUAAUUAAAACUGAUAACCAUCACAUUAACAUACUCUCUAUCAAAUUGUUUUGUUAAAUUAUUAAGGACAGGAUAUCAUAUCAUUAAAAGAAAAUCUUGGGAACUGACAAAGGAAUAUUUCUGGAUGGCAGGACCUCCCACCCUCAGUUCUCCAAUGGAAUUGAUGCUCAAAGUGUCUUAUAGUGCUGCAGUAAUUUCUCACAGAGAAAAUGUCAUCACUGAGCAGUACGAUGGACAGCCAGGUCUUCCAAGCGUUUUCUACAUAUGCCACAAUUGUCAUCCUGAAGAUGAUGCUAAUGUCACCUUUGACCUCUUACUUUCGUCUGACCAGAAAGGUGUUUGCAAACCUAGAAGACACCAAACUUGUUUCCUCCAAAGAAGACAAGAAACUGGUUUGUAUAGAUCCUGAUGUGGAGCGAGUCCGCAGAUGUCACCUGAAUGACCUGGAGAACAUUAUUCCCUUUGUGUUGGUUGGCCUGCUUUACUCUCUGACUGGACCUGAGCUUUCAGUUGCUCUGCUUCACUUCAGACUCUUUGCUGGCUGUCGUAUCUUCCACACCAUCGCCUACAUUGGUGCUCUGCCUCAGCCCAGCAGGGCUGGGUCCUGGAUCCUGGGCAUGCUGGUCACUUUCUCUAUGGCUUACAGGGUGCUUAGUGCAGUACUCCUACUUUAGAGAUGAUAAUUGAUCACCAUCACACAUUAAAAAAAGUAUACGUUUCUACUACCA